AUGGAGCCGGAUUCGGUGCAAUACCUCACUCCCAAGGAGGUCGCUCUUGGGCAGGCCCAUGAAUCGCUUCUCGAGGAUAACGCCGAUCGCUGGGUUAUGUUCCCAAUCCGCUACGAAGCGCUGUGGGCUAUGUACAAGCAGAUUGAGAACAAUUACUGGGCGGCGGAGAACUUCCGGUUCAUUGACGACCGCCAGAUGCUUUUGAGCCUCGACGUGGAGCUGCGCGAAUGCAUGGUCAAGCUCAUCAGCUACCAUGCGAGGCUUGACUACCGCAAGGGUGCCCGCCCAGCGGAGGUGACGCUGGACCUUCUCUCCGACACCCAGUUGCCCGAGGCACGGGCGUUUUACGGCUUCCAAGUGUCAUACGAGAACAUACACAGCGAGGUUUUCGGAGCCAUGGCGAUGGAGCUGGCUGCUGCCGCGGACGUUGCGGAGGGAGAUGCGAAGAUUGAGUGGCUGUCGACCAAGUUUGCCUCGGCAGAGUGUUUCUACAUCAAGGUCUUCCUGCAGUGCAUUUCCAAGUGUGUGUUCCGCUGCGCAUUCGGAAUCGUCAAGGACUACUUGAGGAUGACCGGUUUGCUGCCCAUGUAUGUGUCAGCUCUUGAUACUGUGGACACGGACCUGGCGAUCCACCUGAAGUUCGCAGCAGCGGCGCUGGCCCAGCUGAAGCUGCGCGUAUCCAGAGACGUGCUACUUGCACUGCUGAACGAGGCGCUAGAGUUGGAGGUUAAGUUUUGCCACAGCGUGCUGCCGCUCCGUAAACUUGGAUUGUCGGAGGGCCAGUUGCUGCAGUACAUCCAGAACAGCAUGAACCAGUGCCUCCUGAUCGCUGGGCAGCCCGAGGCACACCGCAUAGAUGCCGACUUCGCAUGGCUGAACCCGCCGACUAUCGACGUCGCCAUCACUGCCAAGCAGCUUCAUCAGAGCAAACCCAAGAUAGUGCCAGUGGUAGAGGCAACUGUCGGUGCCAUCAGCUUCGACGAGGACUUCUGA